AUGCACGUUAUACAUCACUUGCUCCAGGAUCGAAAGCUUUUCGUUGGCAUGCUUAGCAAGCAGCAGACCGAGGAGGAUGUAAGACAGUUGUUUAACGCAUUCGGAACCAUAGAAGAGUGCACAAUACUGAGAGGACCGGACGGAGCUAGCAAAGGUUGCGCCUUUGUAAAAUUUACCUCGCAUCAAGAAGCUCAAGCUGCUAUUACAACCCUUCACGGUAGUCAAACUAUGCCGGGAGCGUCCUCUAGCUUAGUGGUGAAGUUUGCGGACACCGAGAAAGAGAGGCAACUCCGUCGUAUGCAGCAAAUGGCCGGUCAUAUGAACCUGCUUUCCCCGUUCGUCUUCAACCAGUUCGGACCGUACGGUGCCUACGCACAACAACAACAAGCAGCACUGAUGGCCGCGGCCACCGCACAAGGAACCUACAUCAACCCCAUGGCUGCCCUCGCAACACAAAUACCUCAUGCGUUAAACGGUUCUGGACAACCCGUGAACGGUACCAUCCCAUCGCUACCAUCACCAACGAUGCCAACAUUCAACAUGGCAGCACAAACCCCCAACGGUCAGCCAGCCGGUUCCGAGGCAGCGGUUUACACGAAUGGAAUUCCUCAAACCUACCCAGGGCCUAUUUACAUAGAUGCGCUACAUCUGUCGAUACCAGCUCAAGGACUUCCAAAUGGGGAUGCCGCCCUACCGCACGCAGCCUAUCCUGGCAUCCAACCCUACCCGGGUGUCGCCUACCCAGCCGUAUACGGACAAUUUCCGCAAGCCAUACCACAACCAAUAGCCGCCAUUGCACCAGCACAACGUGAAGGUUGUUCCAUAUCAGGCCCAGAAGGAUGCAACCUGUUCAUCUAUCAUCUGCCCCAGGAGUUUGGCGACGGCGAGCUGAUGCAAAUGUUCAUGCCAUUCGGCACUGUGAUAAGUUCAAAAGUCUUCAUCGAUCGGGCCACAAAUCAGAGCAAAUGUUUCGGUUUUGUGUCGUUUGACAAUCCUGCCAGCGCUCAAGCUGCAAUCCAAGCCAUGAACGGUUUUCAGAUUGGUAUGAAAAGACUGAAAGUUCAGCUGAAGAGACCAAAAGACGCCAAUAGACCCUAUUAACAAUCAGAGAUCAAAAGCGCUUUAAAGAGUGCUUCUGCUGAAGCUUUAAAAUACGAAGUAAAUCCUUAGAAAAAGUACUAUAUCA